UCAACGCUUGCUUUCAGCUUGGGCCAUAGUGUCUGAAGGGAACUGUAGCUGGAACAUGCUUGAGCUGAAGGAAGCAGCAUCCAUUGCCUAAGUAUCAUCUAAGUGGUUCUGUUUUUUGUCACAUACUGUUUUAGCCCUUGAAAGAUGUUGGAUCAGAGUGCUGUCAAAAUGAGUGAAUCUGUUUCAAGCAGUUACUCUGUGAAUCAGCCAAACUCCUCAGAGAGUGAACAGAGUUUAUCUACGCGCCAUUUCAAUGUUACUGAACCUGUAGUGGCCAAAAGAAUCUGUUUUUAUAAAAGUGGAGAUCCUCAGUUUAAUGGAAUCAAAAUGGUCAUUAACAACCGGUCUUACAAAACAUUUGAUGCCUUGCUGGAUAGCUUAUCUAAACGGGUCCCAUUACCUUUUGGAGUAAGGAAUAUCAGUACGCCAAAAGGGAGACACAGCAUCAACAGUCUGGAGGACCUUGAAGAUGGAAAAUCUUAUAUUUGUUCCCACCAGAAGAAAAUAAAGCCUAUCAAUCUAGAACGGGCUAGCAGAAAGCCACUGCCCUGGCAGAUCAGUAGGCCCGUCAGUGCUCGUCGUCGAGCUGUGCAAUUAGCAAAGGAGAAUGAAGAUGGAUUUGGCCAUCGAGAAAGUAAAAUAACAACUCCCAAAAAGAUGCUCGUUUUCAAAAAUGGGGAUGUAAGACUCAGACGCACCAUUGUUCUGGGAAAGAAAAAUACACAAACCUUUGAAGCCUUCCUGGAUUACAUGAGUGAAUUAAUGCAAUAUCCAGUUGCAAAACUAUAUACCACUGAUGGCAGAAAGGUUCCUAAUCUUCAGGCCCUGAUAUUGUGCUCUGGAGCUGUAGUUGCAGCAGGGAGAGAGCCUUUUAAACCAAGCAAUUAUGAAUCUCUUGGGUAUUCACGGCCUGCUAAAUUGCUUGGAAUUGCAAAUCGUGUGUACCCCAAAGCAAAUGCCAAGUCAGAAAGUGAAAACACUGGGAAAUGGAAGGUGUCAGUCCUCACCAGCGAUAUGCCAUCUGCAGGAACAAGCUCAAAGGUUUAUAUCAUAUUGUAUGGGGAUCAUGGCAGUUCAGGGCCUAUUUUUCUUGAUGGAGCGAAGGGGAAAUUAUUUCAGAGAGGCAGUGAAGAUGUCUUCACAGUUCAUACAGGAAACAUAGGAAGUCUCUACAAAAUACGCAUUGGACAUACUAAUGCAGGAAGUUGCCCUGCCUGGCACUGUGAAGAGGUGCAGUUGCUGAACCUUUUCUCAGGGGAGCAGUUUUCUUUCCCUGCAAAUCGAUGGCUGGCCUGGGACCAGGCUGAUGGAGAAAUAUCCAUGGAGCUUCCUGUUUCACAUCAGGGUCAGCCUAUUCUUCCAGUCACUGUCUACGAAGUGCAUGUGACAACGGGAGAUCUAUGGGAUGCUGGAACUGAAGCUGAUGUAUAUAUUUCUAUCUAUGGAGAAAAAGGUGACACAGGAUCAAGACAGCUGCUCAGGUCACAGAAACCCAAGAAAUUUUUGAAAGGACAAACUGACAUCUUUCUUGUGGAAGCUGUGCACCUUGGCCAUUUGUACAAGAUCGUUAUAGGACACAAUGGUCUUGGAUCAGGAAAUGGGUGGUACCUGGACAAAGUUGUAAUCAAGGAUCCUGUAACAGAUCUAGAUUAUACUUUUCUUUGCCACAGAUGGCUGGACAAUGGGCAGGAUGAUGGCAACAUUGCGAGAGGACUGACUGUGACAGAUGCCAGCACAUUUCCAGGACGGAAAGAGCUGGAGCUCAAGAGAGAAGAAACUUGGGCUGCUGAAAAGUGGAAAUUUCAGACGGGCAAUAUACUUCAGUUUUACAGCAGGCUCACCCGUGGUUUCUUAUGCCUCUAUCCAGACAGCAGCGUUGAUGCUCUUGGUGACAAGAAGAAUAAAUAUGGACUUUUCAAUGUAAUUGUCAAAAAGGGAAAUAUUUCCGUAUUCAGAAGUCAUCAGAUACCACAUCUUGCUCUUGCUCUGGUCAAUGGCUAUGCAACUGGAAAGAGCAAAGACAAGUCUUGCUGUGAGCUCUGCAUUCACCUUCAACCAAAUGGCUGUGCCAUUCUUGAGUCAGCAAGGAACCCAGGUCACAUUGUAAUGUUCAAUCUUCAAGGCAAAGUAGCUGAUGAAAAAACAGGAUAUGCUGGAAUUUCCAAGGAAUUUGUUGUGCACGUCAAGGGUGUGUUUCACCAUGGUGCCAUCAUUCUGCUCAACACAAAUCACUGUCAGGCUCUGACUCUCAGAUCUGAUGGGGGCUGCAGUGGAGCAGGUCAGCAGCAGCUGGAAUCCUACUGGAGGGUGCAUAAAAUUGGCUCUGGAGUCUGCAUGUUUGAGAGUGUGAGAAACCCAGGAAUGUACCUGAAGAUCAAAGAUGGCCAGUGUAAUGGAACAGGCACAGGUGAUGAAUACUGUCACUUUAAAAUUGAGAAGAAUUGGGAAUCUGGAGCUGUAAGUCUGGAAUCAGUGCAGAGUAAAGGGAUGUAUGUCGGUCUUCUGCCAGAUGGCCAGACCAAGCCAGUUGUUAACAUUGGAGAGAGCAACAUUUUUUUCUACCCAAAGGUCAUCAAAUUUGGCUGGGAAAAUCUCAUGGGAACUCCCACAGAAACCAAUCAAGAGAAGAAAGACUUUGGAGUAUCUGAACACCCACCAGCAAAAGCCCUGGGGCAAACAUCUCAAAGACCUUUGGUUUUUCCACCCUCAGAGGAAAUGAGAAAUCCCCAAGGUGGUGAGUAUCCCCUUCCUUCAUCUGAUGAAUGGAAAGUGUCGGUGCUGACAGGAAGCGCAGGAGCUCAAGCAAAUGUGACUCUCUGGAUAUACGGAGAUGGAGGAGCAGCCGGACCAAUAACUCUUGGCAAGGAGAACAGAAAGCACCUGUUCCUUCCUAGGCAAGAGGAUGAAUUUCAGGUUAAGUUAAAAAGCAUUGGGAAUAUCUACAAGAUAAGAAUUGAACUUGGUGAAUUACUGAAUGAGCAGUCAGAGUGGAACUUGCAAAGGGUGACACUGCAACACCUGAUGAGUAAGAAAACACUGAAUUUUCCAGCAAACACAUGGUUGUCAAAGAGUGAUAAUGAUAGAGAUUUUGUCUGUGAACUUCCAUUAGUGGAAGCUGGAAAACCUAUUUAUCCAAUUAUUUUAUAUCGUGUUUAUGUCUACACGGGUGACUUGGAACAAGCUGGCACAGAUUCUGCAGUUUAUCUAUGUAUCUAUGGAGAAAGAGGAGACUCUGGUCUAAGACUUCUGCAGAAGUCUGGUAUCCCAGUGAAAUUUUUGAAAGGACAGGUCAAUGCUUUUGAAGUGAAAGCUGUAUCUCUUGGAAAGCUGCAGAAGGUGCUGUUGCGCUGCGAGGCUAAUUCAAGGUCUCCUUAUUGGUAUUGUGAUAAAGUCAUUGUCAGAGAAGAUGAGAACCACUCAGAAUAUGUUUUCAAUUGUGAAAGAUGGCUUCCAUUUAUGUCUCAAGGUGUAAUUCAUUCAGAAAUUGAGCUGUACCCUCAGGAAUUUCAAACAACUCAAUACCUGAAAAGGCAAGAAGAAGCUAACGAAGGAGACUGGAAGAUUACUGUAGUCACUGGGGAUUUUGAAGCAGCUGGCACAACAGCAACAGUAUCCCUUUAUGCUUAUGGAGAAAACAAAGCUUCUGGCCCUAUUAUUUUGGGAUCUGGGAAACACCAGCUGUUUAAUCCCAACAGUGAAGAUAUAUUUAAGAUUAAUCUCAGGGAUCUUGGGCAGCUAUAUAAAAUCCGCAUUGGCCAUGACAACACUGGUAAUGAUCCCAGCUGGUACCUGGAGGAAAUCAGACUUGAAAGACUGUCACCUCUUUCUCAAGAAGAGAUUUGUCUGCCCAUAGAGUGCUGGCUUGCAGAAGACAAGGGUGAAGGUGAUACAUGGAGAGAAGUGGCAAUAAGAAACCCUACAAAGGAAAUUUUGCCAAGUAAGGGAUGGUUCUUGGAAAAGAUCGUCAUUAACUAUAACGAAGGAAAGGAAGGGAAAGAGGUUGUAUUUCCUUGUAACAGGUGGUUAGAUGAAUAUCAAGAUGAUGGAAAAACUGUGAGGGAGCUAACUGCUGAAAAAGCUGGAAAUCCAGAGAAAGCAUUCCCUAAAGCACAACAGUGGAGAGUGCAGGUGACAACAGGUGGAGAUUCCCCAGAGCCACAGGACUGCAAAAGGGCCCUUGUGAUUUAUGGCUCAAAGGGCAAAAGUGAUGAGCUACUGCUUUCACCACAAGACCCAGGACAUGUAUGUUUUCUACCAAGAGCAACAGAUGAAUUCAUUGUUGAGACUGGAGAUGUGGGAGAUGUGUAUAAGAUUCGGGUCAGCUGUGAUAACGUGCCAGGCUUUGCAGGCUGGCACUUGAAGUCUUUCCACUUAGAAGAGCUACAUACAAAACAAGAGUUGAACUUUGACUGCAACUGCUGGCUGUCUCUUAGCAGAGAGGACAAGGAGCUUGUGAAAGAAUUCCCUAUAGUCAGUGAGGACCAGAAAACUUUACCAGUCCAUAAAUAUGUUGUCUCUGUACAUAUUGGUGACCGCUGGGGAGCAGAAACCUUUGCAAACGUUUAUAUCAUUCUUUAUGGCGAAAGAGGUGACACAGGUGUAAGGAAUCUUCAUACACCUUUAACAACAGAAAGGAAAUUCCAAAGGAAUAAGGUGGAUUCAUUUUUGGUGGAAGCUGUUUCUCUGAGUAAUUUGCAGAAAGUGGUCAUAGGACAUGAUGGGCAAGGAUAUGGGGCUGGGAUGUACCUCAAGAUGGUAACAGUCAGGGAAUCACAAGACUCAGACAAAGAGUGGGUCUUUCCAUGCUGGAACUGGCUUGAUACUCAUCUGGGAUUGUGUGAGACUGUUUGUGAGAUAUUUACAGUUGGUAGAAGAUUGAUUUCUCGUCCUAAACUGCCAAAAGACAUGCAGUCAUCUGGUCUCUGGGUAAUGGACAUCACUGGAUCUGACUGGAGCAAUGAAGAGGAUCCAUUACACAUUUCUUUCAUCUUCUUUGGCAACCAGAAUCAUAAGAAGUUGCCGCUUCAAGUUACAGGAAAAGCAGUUCAAAUCAAAGAUGAACUGGCAGAUAUUGGCUCACUAUACAAAGUUCAGGUAACAGGACCACAUAGUGAGCUAAAACAGCCGUGGCACUUAGAUUUACUGCAUAUGAAGCACACGGGCACAAAGGAGGAGAUGUAUUUAGUUUUUGACUGCUUGUUCAACCCUAAUGAAGACAAAUGUGUGGAACUGCCAGCUCUCUAUGCAGAUCAGGAGCCUUUGCCUGUUGUGGAAUAUUCAAUCAGUUUGCACACGGGAGACUUGAAGAAAGCAGAUGCCACUGGUGAGGCUUAUCUAUGUAUUCAAGGAGAAAGGACUGACUCGGGGAAACGAUGGCUUAACUCAAGAAACAGCCUGAUUCAUUUUGCUAGAGGGCAGGUGGAUGUUUUCAAAAUCAAAGCAGUAUGCCUUGGCAAGUUGAAACAAGUUCUUGUUGGAUUUAAGAGUCAAAAAAAAGAUGAGUGGUUCUUGGAAAAAAUUGUUAUAAAAGAAGUCAGCUACCCUUUUUCUUCACAUGUCUUUGUUCAUAAUGACUGGAUCAAUAAACGCCCUAAGAAAGAUUUUGUGGAAGUGGUGAUUCCUCUUAAAGAAAUGACUGUGACAUCUCUACUUACAAAACAAUUUAAUACUAAAAGCAGAGGACGAUGGCAAAUGUGGGUACACUGUGAGCAAAUACCAGAAGAUAUGCCCGAUGUUCAAGUUGUUGUAUUUGGAACAGAAGGAAAAUCUCCUGCACAGAAAGUUCAGAAUAUGAAUGAUAAUCCAUUUCUGUUGACUGUCGGAGAUGUUGGAGAUAUCACAAAACUUUCAUUUUUGUUAUCCUGCUCAUGUUUGGAAAGAGGAAUUAAGUUUCACAAGCUUAGGCUGAAAGAUCUGGACACUAAGCAGGAGCUGAGUUUUCCCACUGAAGCUCAGUAUCUGUUUGGAGAAGAUGGAUCUGAGACUGUGACAGAGCUAGCAGCAGUCAGACCAGACAAGGCACCACUCAGAGAAGUUCUAUACUUAGUCAGUGUUCAUACAGGAACUUUGCCUGCAUCAGGAACCGAUGCAGACAUAUUUAUAACUAUAUUUGGAGAGCACGGAGAUACCUGCAAAAGGAGACUAAGACACUCAUGUUUUGAAAAAGGACAGGUCAGUAUCUCCGAUGUGAGAGCAGUAGACCUUGGACAAUUAAGCAAAGUGCUUGUUGAACACAGUAAUGUCGGUUAUGGAGCUGGAUGGUACUUGGACCAAAUUGUCAUCCAUGAAUCAGGCAAGACUGAUUGCCAAUAUAUAUUUCUUUGCCAGCAAUGGUUAGACAGUGGAGUUGGUGAUGCACAGAUGGAACGAAUGUUGAGACUACUCGGAAAAGUCAGGAAUGAAAUGCUGACAGAAAAGAUCCACGGGACUUGGGAUGUCUUUGUCACAACUAGUGAUAUUUCUUCUAGUUCCACAAGUCCUAAAAUGUCUCUAACUGUUUGUGGUGGAAAAGGUAUCUGUACUUCAAUCACACUCCCAAAAGGAUCCCUUAAAAAAAAGCAAGUUUAUGAGACUUCAAUUGAAUUAAAUAAGAAAUUCACUACUAUAUUUAAAGUUCGCCUAGAAAUUGAAGAAGCUGGAGAAGGAGAGUCUUGGCAUUGCCAUGAGGUAAAGCUUCAACACAGAGUAAGUAAAAAUCUUCUGGAGUUUCCAUUUUGCCGCAACUUUGCAGAUGACAAAGGGGAAAGAGUGGCUGAGCUUCCAGUACUCACAGUCAAUUCUCCUUUUCCAGCAGUGAAAAGCUAUGUUCUCUAUAUCACCACGGGAGCAUCCCCUGGGUCAGGAACUGAUGCAGAUGUGUAUGUCAUGCUGCAGGGUGUUUUGGGAGAUACUGGUAAACGAAAGUUAAUCAGAAAAGGAGAUGAUAACUUCACUGAAGGAAAGGUAGAUGUUUUUCAAAUGGAGGCAGUAGAUAUUGGGACUCUGCAAGAUAUAAUGGUUGAGAAGGGGAAAGGCUCUGACUGGCUUCUGGAGAAGAUUAUUGUGAAAGAGUUGGCGACUGUUGGGACAGAAACAUUGUUUAUGGCUCAAACAUGGCUAAAAGACAGACACGAUGGGAAAAGAUCUGCCUCAGUAACUCUAAAUGCCACAGAAAUUCAAGAGCGGAAGAGCACUUUUGCCUAUCCUCUAGGAAAAGAGCAAAUGAAAUCAGAAGGCAGAUGGAGGAUUUAUUUCACAAAGCAUCAAGAUGAAACAAAAAAAGACUUUGAAGAGUUGUCAGAAAAUCUAUCCAAGUUGGUUAUGGUUUUUUAUGGAAGCAACGGCAAGUCAAAUCCGGUUUCCAUGGAAAAUAAAGUGGAACAUCAAGCUAAGAACCAAAUAGCAUAUGAUAUACAUUUACCAUCCGAUUUGGGUAUGGUUUAUAAAGUCAGACUUGGACUCCAGAGUUUGGAAAGCAACAUAUCACAGUUGUCUCUUCAUCACUUUAAAAUGCAGAACACAUCAACCCUGGAUACCUUUAGUCUCACUAUAAAUAAAACACUUCCUCUUUCUCUUAAUGGAGACAGAUGGAUUGAAUUCCCUGUAGAGUGGCCAUUAAAAGAAGCACUUUCUGUGGUUACAUAUCAUCUUACAGUAUUUUCAAGAAACAUUUUGACUGACAGAAGAGUGGUGCACAUGACUGCGUGUAUAUAUGGUACUCAUGGUGACACAGGGGACAGAUCCCUUCUCUGGUCAUUGCAAAAUGUCCAGCAGGGUGAUAACAAUGAGUCAUUUCUUGUUAUCAUGGAUGCUGUUGAACUGGGAGAAGUGGACAAAGUUGUUCUCAUGAUCAGCAGUGAGAAAGACUGCAAAAUGGACAUUGAAAAAUUGCAUUUGAAAGAAUCUGCAAAGGAUCAUCCUAUCUAUGUGUUUGAAGUGAAUGAAGCAUUUUCUGUGGAUCCAAAUAAACCAGCAAUACAGAGAGAAAUCCCAGUAUCUUUUGUUAUUGGAGGAGACAAACAAAAGAAUGGCAUAAAUGACUUAAAUAAAGGAGGAAGCCGAUCAGGAAAUCAGGCAGACUAUACUAUCAAAGUAUACACAGGUGACAAAAUGGGGGCAGGAACUGAUGCCGGUGUGCAUAUUAUUUUAUUCGGGAAUGAAAACAAAUCCGAAGUAUUUCACCUCUCUCAGUCAUUGGAGCAUCAAGAUCCCUUUGAAAAAGGAAUGGUUGAUACAUUCAAGAUAAAGACUAAAAAAUUAGGAAGCCUACAUUCAAUUGAAAUUGGUCAUGAUGGAAAAGGAUUUGCAAGUGGCUGGUUUCUGGAAAAAGUAGAAAUCAUGGAUGCAUCCAGGAAUUCAGUGUAUUGCUUCAACUGUAACAGGUGGCUUGCUGGGGAUGGAAGCAAUGGUAGCGCCGUAGUGCGACUUUAUCCAUAGCUGAUCAUUUUCUGAUUUUUUCAUAGUGUGCUGCUUCUCCAAAUUCCUGCUUGUUUGAUUUACUUGUAUGUUAUAAUUCUGAAGGUAUUGUAAUUACUGUGAAGGAAUGUCAAAACAAUGCAUUAAAAACAUCACAGUAAAUUAAACAUGUCUAAUGUGAACACUGUGUUCCAAUCCUACUAGAUUUGCUCAAAAUCUUUGCAUGACUGAAAUUUAGAAAACAUAAAUUUUAAUCUGUAACAUGGCUCUGUGGACUUGAGUUGAGCAUUCAUAAUACUAGACAUAUUUAGUAACAUGUUUUUAUUUCAGUAAUAAUUUGUGAGUAAGUUAAAGUUAGCUCUUGGGUCAAAUCUGCCAAUUUUUAUUAAACUGAUAAACUGUUUCAAUUCCUAUUUUUAUUAAAACUAGUAUUUCCUCAAAAUCAUUUUCCAAAUAAGCAGCACUGCUCUUUGGCCAUACUGUAUGUUACUUCCUUUUUUCCAUAAGACCUGGCUGUAACGGAGAAGAAUAAAGAGUUUAUUAUUCAGGCAUUCAACCUGUGGCAGUAAGCUUCCCACGGGCAUUUGACUGCAAAAUCUUGUAGCUGAACCAGAACCUCAGCUAAGAUCCUUUAGAUCCAAAGGGUCUCUUAAGAGAGACUUUUCCAUCAUCUCUUAUCACACUAGCACUGCAGUAGCUCACUAGCUAGCUUAGGCAGCUCCCUGCUCAGCUUGCUUAUUUUUGCAGUGCCCAUUCUUAGGCUUCUCUCUGCCUCUCUAGUGCUGUAUGUGCAAAUGUCAUUACUUCAAAAAAAUCCCAAUUAUUUUUGAAAACAAACCAUAAAUAGUAACAUAUUUAGCAAUAAAUGCAUAAAAUAAGAAGUGAAUAAUAAGUGGCUUGAUGUUUAGUUUGGUAUUGUCAGAGCUGGCAGUUGACUGAGAAAGAGUUUAGGAUAAAGACAGGUCUGAAAUGGAAGCAUGAGUUGCACACCGCCGAAGUUUGAUGUUUGUGAUCAGCAUGUAAAUACUGUGUAUUAACUAUACAGGGCCUCACUCUGUUUAAUCAAAAGAUCUACUUUUAGUACCUCCAAAACUUAAAAUCUGUAUAAAGAUCUGAAUUUUUGAUCUGUUUCACCUUCAAGGCACUACCAUGUUUUGUAGCAGCAGUGUACUUUCUGUAACCACAAGAAUUAAAUGAAUCUCUAUGAAACGUUGUCUGGCUUUUCAGUACAUUUAAUGUUUAUUUACUCACAUUAUUCUUUGAAAUGAGGAAUGUUGUCAGAUAUCUGCGUGGAUUAUGGGAUUUCAAUUGUUACGUUGACUCAAAAAGUAAUAAACAAAUAUAACAGGUCUUGGCAGGUAA